AUGUGGCUCGAAAAAUUACUUUGGGGAACCUUCCUGGCCUCCCUCGUCAUUUCGGCACACUCUAAACCUACCGAACCCCAAUUGCAUACCCUCGUCCGAAGGCAAGACAAGCCAGCCGCUACAGCGGCUCCCCCAAAAAAUGGCGAUGCAGCUACAGAACCUGUUCAAUGUGGUGACACCUUCGGUUCAAAUAACCUAAAGGAACAGCCUGGCUGGGUCUCGUGUAGGGACUACAAUGCAGUGGGUUUCUACUGCCCGGUCAACAAAUGCCAUCUUGGAUCAUCCAGAGAUACUCCAUUGACGGCACCAUUAAAUCAAUUCACCUUCAGGAAUUGUGAAUCAUUUUCUACACAUGAUCAUGUCAUUGAAGCUACGGCAGUGGAUAGCUAUAUGGCCCACAAUCGACAUGGAGUAUCGGUCGUCAAGGGCUCCGCCGGCAAGGUUUACGUUUGUCGCUGGCAGGAUCUUAACGAUUACAAUAAUGUCAGACCUUGGUGCGAUGGAUGUAUAUAUUGGGAUUGGACUGAGCCAGAUUGGACACCACUCUUGGCGCAGGGUGAUUGA